AUGAGUUAUAAAGCUAUACAAACGGCACUUUCCAAGGUCUCUGAAUCAGGAGUCAUACAAGGAGAUUUGAGAGGAAAACACGGCCAUCAACCAACUAUUGAUCCACAAAUCAAACAGAGCGUUAUUGAUUUUAUAAAUUCUAUUCCAAAGAUUGAGUCUCACUACUUGAGAGCUCAAACGAAAAGACAGUAUAUUUCAAGUGAGAAAUCAUUGGCGGAUAUCUACAGAGAUUACAAACAACUUCGUGAAAAGGAUGGUUUAGCUAUUGCCACGUCUUCCACAUUCAACAGGAUAUUCAACACUGAAUUCAACAUUUCUUUUUUCGUACCAAAAAAAGAUCAAUGCGAUCUGUGCGAAAGGUAUAAGAAUUCAGACUCGGAAGAAAAACGCAACUUAAGCCAAGAGUAUGAACAGCAUCAGAAAGAAAAAGUUUUUCCAAGAAAUGAGAAAGAUAAUGAUAAAAGUAGGGCCGAUGUGCCGAAUCCCCGUACCCUACAAAUAAUCCGGAAUCUCAAACAAGAUAGUAAAUCUGUUAUACAGAAUGAAAUACCUACGACUUCAACUUCCAUACAAUUCACUGAAAAGAAACAGUUCAUUUUAUCUCCCAAGCCUAACGAUAAUAUUGAAAAUAAAGAUUUAUCUAAUGUUAGUGAAGACUUUUGCUCAGAUGAUAGUGUGAAGGAUCCUGACUAUGUAGAUAUCGAUACACCCUGUUCUACAAAGAGGUCUCUUUUGAAAAAUAAAAACCGAGAAGUUUUUAAAAAUUUGUUGAGUGGAGUAGAUUUAAAUGAAAAACAAUAUGAAAAUUUCAGUAACGAUGUUUCCACCAUAAACCAAACAAGUUCACCUAUACCUAUGCCGAUAGCCCCCAUGCAAACAGAAUAUAGUAGCAGCUCAAGCAAUGGAUCUGGUUCAUCCAGCUCAAGCGAUGGAUCUAGUUCCUCAGAUUCCGAGAGUUCAUCAGACGAUGAAUUGAAUAAUGAACGUUUAACAGCAGUGGUUCAGUCUAGGGUAGACAAUAACAUAUUUCCUACAAGAGCUACCUACAUCGAAGAAGAUAUUUCUCGCAAUGAUUCGAUUGAGCCAGUAGCUUCAACUUCACGUUCUACACCUCCAACUUCUUUAGAACUUACUGCUGAUACCAAUUCUACACAUCUUGGUUGUAACGAUAAUAUCAGCUCAAAUAAAGGACGGAAAAGAAAAUCUACACCCAAUAACUGGUUGCGUAACAAGGCAAAAAUCCUAAGAAACUCUGGUAAGUCCUAUAUAUCCAAUUCUAAAAAAGGGGAAAACCGUUGUGCCUGCAAACUCUCUCAAAACACCGUGUACUUAUAA